GUUUUGAUGAUUUUUUCCACUCACGCGUAUUCUCGCAGCGCGUUUUGUUUGUCCUAACCCGGCCACUGUAGUUGAUGCGUCAGCGGCGUUUAAGAUGGCGGCCACCUUGACGAGAGGUUUGCCCGGUUUGCUGAGAGCCCUGUCGGUUUCAUGCAGACACAGUCUCUCUCCUGCGGUCAGACUCACCCAGACAGCUCGUUUCUCCGCUGUAGUGCAGAGACAUGUGUCCAGACCCCUGGCUGACCCCCCACAUCAGACCGGCCUGCUGAAAAGAGUAACGCCCCUCGUCCCUUCACUGAAGCUCCAGCCGGUCAGGAACUUAACAUACUACAGUCUGAGGAAAGGCAAGAGGAAGUCUGUGAAGUCGGUUGUUCAGCGGUUUCUCAGGCUGCACUGUGGCCUGUGGGUGAGGAGAAAGGCAGGAUAUAAGAAAAAGUUGUGGAAGAAGUCAGCAGCCCGCAAGAAGCGCCUCAGAGAACAUGUAUUCUGUAAUAAAACUCAAAGUAAAUUGCUGGACAAAAUGACAACAUCCUAUUGGAAAAGAAGAAACUGGUUCCUCAACGACCCGUUCCAGAAAUACCAUGAUAGAGUGAAUCUGAAAGUGUAAAACCCUCCUAACUUUAAUCCGUUCAUGAGACAUAAAGUGUGUAAUAAAUUGACAAUUUAAAAACA